GCCAUUUUAAUUCACUUCCGUAAAUAGGCAUCACAUGUUAACAAGUGUCAAGUUUUAUGCGGCAAUGCAGUGCAUUUGCUCGAUGUUACGAUUACCGGUUGUUGGAAGAAAUAGCCCCUUUUCUUCAAACGUGAGUGUUCUCCGUAGAUGUUUUGCUCAGAAGACAUUCCACAAAGAUGCCAGUAUUCUUGAUUCCCUGUACUCUGAUGCUGAGAAAGAGAAGAUCCUUGACACAUUCAACCGCUGUAACGAGUAUGAGUUGCAGCAUACAAGGCAGCUGAACCAUCACAAAGCUUCCUCCAUUGUCAAGCACAGGAAGGACAACGGCAACUUCCAGACAUUAUCUGAUAUUUUACUUGUACCCGGAGUCGGCAUUUUAGGAAUCCAAAAGAUUUGUAAUGUUCUCCGUACUUUGGAUUAUGAGACACUUCAAGAAAAGACAUCUAAGGCAGAUUUUGAUAGAGUAAAAGCAGAGCCAAAUAUAUCGGAAAGGACUUGCCAGAAUGUGAGGACUCUCGUGACACUGGAUGCUCAACUCGAUGGCAUCACAUGGACCAAGAUAGAUCGCAACUUGCGUGUGGAAGGCUGGGAUCACAUCAGCCUCUUCGAUAAAGUAUAUCUGAAACUUGAUCUCCAUCAGUUCUUGGAGAAGUUGCUCUUAGUAAAAGACAAACUUCCGGAAGCAGACAUAUAUGUGAUGGAAAGAAAGGUUUUCCGUAACAUCAAUCCCCGCAUGGUGCCUUUCCUUUUCAACAUGAAGAUUUUAGAUGCAAUGCUCUUCACUCUCCUAAACAGAGACUUUGAAUCAAGUGGGGACCACAAGAUAUACAUGGUAGCUCCAACCCUGGUCAGCCAGUUCUUCAGUCUGUCAGUGGGUGGGGAGAGGGUAAGCGGUCAGCACGUUCUGCAGGACAUUCAGAGAAUGCAGUCGGAUGUUGCGAUGGAUGUGGACAUCCCACAUGCUCGCUGGGACACAUUUAAGAAUCUCAACAAUGUACAGAAGGAGAAGUAUGCCAACUCACUGCUGCUGGGAGUGGCUUUCUACAAGCUGAUAGUACUGAGGAGUCAUAAACUGCCAUUGUGAUCACCAUCUUGAUGUGCUGUUCCUGGUGUAUGUGUGUAGAAUUUUGUGAAUGCCUUAGCGAUGUCGCAAUUCACUGGUGCAUCGUCGGCAAACUUUGCACGAUACGAAACCCGAUACACAUAAUUUGGCAUCAAUCCACAUUUAACCCCAUAUCGACAAAGUAUUUUAUAAUUCCUCAAAACUUUCUUAGUCGUCUUUCGGAUACGAAACAGGCCCAUAACAAUCCUUGUUGCCUGUCAUACUACAGUAUGUAAACUUGUUAGUUUCUUUUUAUUUUCUCACACAGAAUAGUUGACAUGUUGAUGGGUAUAAGUCAGUUGUCCUCUUUUACCUUUAUCAUUAUGUGUGAGUCUGUGGACUCAAAAUUGCUGGAAUAUUUCGCACAAAAUGUAUUUGCAGUAUCAAGAUACGUAUCAUAUUGGGGCUUCUGUAUGAAAUAUGUAUCGUAUCGUGUGACACCUGUAUUGUGACAUCCCUAGAAUGGCUGGAGGCAGCGCUAGAAGACGCUGGUUGUGAUGGAAUUAUGUGAACACCUUUGUGAGAGAUGUUGGUGUAAACACCGCCUCUGGCAGAUCAAGAGGGGAGGUGGGCGUGUGCUGUGUGUAUGCUCACCCUCCCUUACUUUCAGACACUUUACAUGACAGCCUAUCAUGUGUAUCUGUUCAGUUUCAUGCAUUGAAACUUGAGUAUGUAUAGUGUGCACCCUGAGUGAUGCAUGAGAAACUGUUCAUUGACCAGCAGACUGUGUUUAGAUCAAUGAAAGAGAUCACUCUUACUGCAUGUGUAGUAGCUGGUCUAUCCUGCAAUGGAUUUGACAAAAAUAAUAUAUCCAAUGUGGUGUCAAUUGUGUAACAGAAGAAAGGACAGUGUGCUUUCAUGCUCAUUAAAAGGAGGCUUUAUCAGA